UCUACACCUAGUUGAACGAGUGCCACCAACUCGAGUGCUUCGUUGACGAUUGAGGCAGAAGCUCCCGGCGUGUAACGAAUAUUAUAUCUCGAUUCAGAAAUAAAAUUUUAUCGCCGCAUUUCAAUUCAUUGAAUAAGAUUUUUCUGAAGAUUUGAACUAAGAAGAGCUGUAAUUUAUGAUCGAAAAUCUAUCUUUGAAUAAAUUUGCCGUUGCAAUUAAUACUUACAUAUAAUAUAAAAUACCGAUACUCCACUUUACGACCGAGACAAUCAGUGGAGAUGCUUCGUAACAGCAGAGAAAUUUCGGAGGUGAAAUACAACAGUGCGCACGCAAAAGCUACAAAAUGGAAACUGGAACAAGGAACAUGCGUCAAAGCGUUUGGCGAGCUACUCGGAACGGCUUUUCUGCUCUUCAUCGGUUGCCUGACGGAUGUCGGCAGCAUGACCGUAAAUCCUCGACCGGAGCAUCUCACUGCGUUCAAUAUGGGACUUGUAGUGAACAGUAUCAUCAUGAUGCUGGGUCACAUAAGUGGCGCGUACAUAAACCCCGCGAUGACAAUCGGCGCCGUGAUAUGCGGUUACAGAAGCGUACCGACUGGCAUAAUCCUCAUUAUCGGCGAGAUAGUCGGCGCUGUAUUGGGAUAUGGACUCCUACUGGUAGUGACACCCCUGACCCUAAGGAACACGGGGUAUUCGGAGUCCGGCGGAGUGUGUCUCACCUUGGUUUACCCGGAGCUUUCGUCCCUUCAGGGGUUGAUAGUGGAGAUUGUCUCGACCAUCGCAUUAAUGAUGGUAAACUGCGCGGCUUGGGACUCGAGGAAUACUCAUAAUUCAGACUCCACUUCGCUAAGGAUCGGGUUCGCAGUGACAGCCCUCUCGGUUGCCGGCGUUCCGUACACGGGUUGCAGCAUGAACCCAGCGAGGAGCUUCGCCCCCGCUCUUUGGAACAACAACUGGACCAGUCACUGGGUGUACUGGGUAGGCCCCGUGAUCGGUGCCGUCAUCGGCAGCCUGACCUACACCAUCAUUUUCAAAGACAGACCGUUAAAGUCUGACGAAGACACGAGGGACUGAGGCUCUUCAGGG